GCAAACUACAGUUAGUCAUAUUACAUACUGUCUGCUACCCCUUUACACAUCCGAUCCCGGAGCCCCAGGUACAGGCAUCCUGCCUCUCUCCGUCAUUUCACCGCCUGCAUCAGCGAUCAUGCAUGUCGAUGCACGCUUCUGCAGCGCCAAUUGCUAGUCUGUAACUGCCAUGGCUUCGAAUAUAUGACUCCGGGGCUAGGGCAAGUCCUGAAAGCACUCGCCUGCGUAACACUCCUGCCUCUUCGUCGGUGACCAUUCACUACCGUGUGCCGCUUCGAUGUCCUCCACUGAGGAAUCCCUGCCCAAGCUUGCUUUCCUGGGCCCCUUGGGCUCGCAUUCAUAUCAGUGCGCAAAGAAUGGAUUCGGGACGAGUGUGGAGUACGUAGAGAGACUGAGCAUCACGGAGGUGUUCAAGGCCGUCUCGCCGGAGAUCCCGUUCGGCCUGCUCCCGCAGGAAAACAGCGUGUUCGGGACGGUCACAGAGACGUACGACCUCCUGCGGCUGCCCGAGGUCGGCACGGAGAAGUUCGUCCGCGGCGAGCUCGUCCUCCCCGUCCGGCACUCGCUCCUCGUCCGCCGCGGCGUGCAGCUCGCGGACGUCGAGCGCGUGCUCAGCCACGAGCAGGCAAGUGCGCCUGCCAACCUCCCCUCCGCCCUGGGCCAGUGCUCGCGGUUUCUGUCCGAGAAACUCCCGGGAGCUGCGCGGAUCAAGACGCCGUCGACGUCCGCCGCGGCCAAGUCGCUCCUCGAGGACGAGGACGAGGACCGGGCGACGAGGAGCGCCGCGAUAUGCUCAGUAGCGUGCGCGACAGUCUUUGACGGGCUCGAGGUGCUCCAGGAAGGCAUCCAAAACGUCGACACAAACCGGACCCGGUUCUACGUGCUCGCCACCUCCCCCGAGAGCAAGCUCCCCUCCGGGUUCCAGGCGCCCAUCCCCAAGCACGCGCUCGUGCGGAUCGGCCUCAAGCCCUCCCCCAGCCCCGUGAACGGGGACGCGUCCGCCUCGCCCUCGCCCGCCCCGCGCACGCGCGACCGCCUCGUCCACCUCGUCAUGAGCACGCUCCUGACGACGUUCGGGCUCCCGACGAGCCGCGUCGACCGCCGGCCGUCGCUCACGGACGCGCCCUUCGAGGACGUGUACCUCGUCGAGCUCGAGGCGAGCAGCAGCCUAUGCGAGUCCGCGGCGGGGGAGGAGUUCGCCGCGGCGAGCGCCGCGCUGUGGGCCAGGGUGAAGGCGGGCGUGGAGAAGAUCGAGGCUGUGGGAGGGGAGGCUGCGGUGCUUGGGAUUUGGUGAAUGUCCUUCAAGUUCGUGUAUCAUAGGAUCCGGAUAAUAGAAGAUCUGUCUUGCUGAGUAUGGGUAGCUGAGGGAACAACUCUUCAUCUGUCUCAC